AUGCUGAUACCCCCCGCGUUCCUGACGCUCCUUUCCUUUCUUUCCCUCGGCGCUGCUUACCACGGCCUCAGCGACGACACGCUGAAGCACCUGCCCGGCCCCGGCAAUGACUUCGACAUCAAAAAGGGCGCCCUGCUGGCGCCCAUCCUGGUGCCCAGGGUAUCCGGCACCGAGGGCAAUGCUGCCGUGCGCCAGCACUUUCUCGACUUCUUCAAGUCGCACCUGCCCGAGUGGAAGCUAACGAUGCACAACUCGACGUCGACGACGCCCGUCAGCAAGGGCAAGGAGGUGCCGUUUGUCAACAUCAUUGCCACGCGCGACCCCCCCGGCAGCAUGGAGGGCGACGUGUCCAGACUGGCGCUGGUCGCCCACUACGACAGCAAGUACACGCCCGCCGGCUUCAUCGGCGCCACGGACAGCGCCGCGCCGUGCGCAAUGAUCAUGCACGUGGUGCGCAGCAUCGACGCUGCCCUCACCAAAAAAUGGGCCGCGGCGAAAAAGGACGACUUCGAAGUGGAGCACAGGGGCGUCCAGGUGCUGCUGCUCGACGGCGAAGAGGCCUUCAAGAGCUGGACCGACACCGACAGUCUCUAUGGCGCAAGGGCUCUGGCCGAGGACUGGGAGGGGACCUUCCAUGCCGCUCAAUCCAUUUAUCGCACGCCUCUCGAUUCGAUCGAGCUGUUCGUCUUGCUUGAUCUACUGGGCGCCAAGAACCCCAGCAUCCCCUCCUACUUUAUGACGACGCACUGGGCAUACCAGCACAUGGCAAAGGCCGAGGAGCGCUUGCGAAAGCUCGGCCUGAUGAAGUCGUCUCCUAACCACCAGUCCAAGAUGGCUACGCGCGAGGACAGGAAGCCUCGCGCCGAGCAGCCUUUUCUGCCCGAGGCGGACAAAGCCAGCAGUGCCUUCAUGGGUGGCUUCGUCCAGGACGACCAUGUUCCCUUCAUGGCUCGCGGCGUUGAGAUCCUGCACAUGAUUCCCACGCCCUUUCCAAGGGUAUGGCACACAAUGGAAGAUGAUGGAGAGCAUCUCGACCUGGAUACCGUUGAGGACUGGACAAAACUCGUCCUAGCUUUCACCGCCGAAUACAUGGAGCUCGAAGGCUUCUUUGACUUCAAGGCGGAGAAGCGGAAGGCGGAUGGAGAAAAGUCGGAACUGUAA